GAAAGCUGGCAGCAUUGGUCUGCUAUCUAUAUAUAAAUUAUAUACACGCUAAAUAAUCAAGUAUUUAAUAUUUAUUUCAUAGCUAAGAAUAAAAUCCUAUACAGUCAUCAACAGUAUCAGCACUGAAUGUUCACUGCGAUAUUUUUAGAAAUAACUAUGUGAAAUCUUGACCACACUGGACCUUUCGCCGUAGUAUUUGCAUUCAUUAUAUAAUAAUUAAGCGAAUUCAAUGUGAAUGCAAGACCAAAACAAAGAGCAAGCAAACAAUAAGUGUGCAAUCAAAGGCUACCGCCAUAAACAAUGGUAACAAGGUAGCAUACGCGCACGCGACGCAUACUUUGUGACCAAAACGGCAACAUGAAAUCCGAUGUUGCUGUGGUUCCGGACGACAGCCAAAGCCAAACGACGCCGGUGACAGCGUCAACAGCUGUUAACAGAUCCUACCAUGCGAAUCUUUUUCUGGAGCGCUUUUUCGGCGCUUUCCAAUGGGAGGAGUUUGCGUGUGGAUGUGGUUCGGCUUUUGUAAACAUCUCGGUCACAUAUCCUAUCUAUAAAAUCAUAUUUCGGCAAAUGUUACACGGAGUUCCGGUCGGAUCCGCUUUGUUGCAACUACGUCAUGAGGGACUUGGAUUCCUAUACCGCGGCAUGUUGCCGCCUUUAGCACAAAAAACCAUCUCGUUGUCGAUUAUGUUUGGCGUAUUUGAUGGCACGAGACGUUAUCUGGUGGAAGAUUAUCGCUUAAAUGAUUAUGGAGCUAAAGUCAUUGCCGGUGUUGUUGCUGGUAGCGUGGAAUCAAUUCUAUUGCCAUUUGAACGCGUCCAAACGCUGCUAGCCGACUCGAAAUUCCAUCAAUAUUUCUCCAAUACGCAGAACGCGUUUAGAUAUGUAGUUACCAAUUAUGGAUUUCGGGAGCUAUACAGGGGCAUUGAACCAGUAUUUUGGCGCAACGGCUUGUCAAAUGCAUUGUUUUUCAUGCUACGUGAAGAAGCCAGUGUCCGUUUACCAAAGAGGAAAUCGGUAUCAACAAGAACUGCACAAGAAUUUAUUGCUGGUGCCGUAAUCGGUGCCAGUAUAAGCACAUUGUUUUAUCCGCUGAAUGUGAUCAAAGUGUCGCUGCAGAGUGAUAUGGGUCAGAAAUCGGAGGGCAGUUGGCAUGCCUGUAAGAGAAUAUAUCGUGAAAGGGACAGUCGGAUUGGAAACUUCUAUCGCGGUUGUGCCUUCAAUACAGGGCGCUCUUUCAUCAGUUGGGGCAUUAUGAAUACUGCCUAUGAGAACCUCAAGAAGUUGUUUAAUCAGCGAAAACUAUAUCCGGAGCCGGUGCCGAUGUCGUCAAACAAGUAGGAGAAUUUUGCGUUAUUGGCUAACGCCUGUUAUGUGCUAUGUAUUACGUAAUACGUAAACUAAACUAAACUAUAACUAAAUAAGCUGAAUGUAUACAAAUGUUUCCUUCUGCCUUUAACUAGCAAAUUUUCGUUUUUAAGUCAUUAUUAAGUCGUUUUCGUUGACGAGUGCUCAGUUUUAGGCAUUCAUUGUAUGUUCUCAUACGCUGAUCAUAUUAUAUUUGUAAAUCAUACAUUUAUAUAUUUUUGGGAAGUGCAUACAGACUGCAUACAGAGAUUCGAGAGUUUUAGUAACCAACGAUAUUGCAAUGCAAGGCCAAUAAUUGUAGGUAUGAGUACAAUAAUUGUGAGCAUUUAAAAUAAUCCAAAAACAAACACAAUUAGUAAUUAUUAAAUAUUGUAUAUACAAAUUGAUUUAAAUAGUUAUGUUGUUAAUGUAUAUACUUACAUGAUGUUUGUGAUUCACUGAAAUUAAUAAAUUAAUUCAAUUUUACAUUGAA